GAUGAGCGAUUAAACAAUUAAAAUACUUUAAAUAACAGCAUGUACAUUGUCUCUAAUAGGAUCUCUAUUUAUCAUUGUAGUUUAUUUGAAAAUGGGGAUGAGAAAAAACUUUGCAUUGAAAUUAAUAUUGUGUUUAACUGCUUGUGAUAUUACAUUUUCUUUGUCCAAUUUAAUGUACAUAGAACCAGGUAAAUGUAAAUAUACUAUAAGGAUGCAAACCAAAUUAUAAAAUACUUUGUGUAAUAUAAGGGUUUUUAAUUUAAUAUUCUUCUCUUGCAUGUUUUCUUUUUUGCUUCUUUUUAUGUUUAUGCAUAUUUUGGACAGUGAUUAAAAAUAAAAUCAAUCUUAAUGAAUAUUAAACACUAUUCUAAUCAAUAGGAUUUUGUAUUCCUCUUAUAAUUGCUAUAAUUCCCUUAAUAACUAAUACUUAUCAAACUUAAUAUUAUGUUUGUGGAAUAGGCGACGAUGUGGAAUAAUUAUGUAAAGAUUAAGAAUACAAACCAAAAUUAAUGAGAAUUGAAUAAAUUUGCUUAUUUUAUGUUCCUUUAUGGUUAUUGAAUAUUGGUGCAAUAACAUUUAUUAUUAGAGUAAGUGUGUUUAUGAAUAAAUUAAGAACAUAAUCAGAAUAAAAUUAAAGAUCAAGAAGUUCUGAUUUAUAAGAAUUGUAAUAAUAUACAUAAUAAGAAUAUGAACUCAAAUUAUCUUAGAGAAUUACUUAAAAUAUGUUAUUUUAUCCAAUAAUAAUGUUGAUUUGUUAUAGUGGAAUGACUAUAUAUGCAGUAGCAAAAUUAUGUAAUAAUGAAAUAACAGGAUUAAAAGGAAUAAGAUUUGUAAUGGCAGAAUGUUUAGGAUUAUGUAAUUCUAUUGUAUAUGGAUACAACGCUAUAAUAAUAAUGAGACUUUAAAAAAUGAUGUCACAAUAAUAAACAUUGCCAAUGAUGUAAUUUCGUACAAGUUCUUCUGAUUCUGAUGUUAAUAGAAAAUAAUUUGAAUCAUUUCUUUCUAUAGCAACCAUUUAUAAUGAUUAAUGA